AUGGCUGCCUCAUCCACACCGGCCAACGCCACCAAUAAUUCCCCCAAAUCGUCACUUGAAUCCAGUUCGGAGAAUUCCUCUUCCAUCUUCCACAACUCUUACAUUGGCCCCCUCCUCCCCUUCAUCAACGGGGGUAUAUCCGGCAUGACCGCAACCGCCGUCAUCCAGCCUAUCGACAUGGUGAAAGUCCGCCUCCAACUAGCCGGCGAAGGCGCCCGAACAGGUCCCCGCCCCUCCGCCUUAGGCAUCGCAAAGCAAAUCAUCGCCUCCGGGAAAGUCCUAGACCUCUACACCGGUCUCUCUGCCGGCCUCCUUCGACAAGCCGUCUACACAACAGCCCGCCUAGGUCUCUUCGACACGUUCUCCACUACUCUAAAGUCCCGCGCCGAUGCAGCGGGCAAGAAAGUCACCUUCACCGAACGCGCAGCUGCAGGCCUCGCAGCUGGCGGACUAGCAGCCAUGAUCGGCAAUCCCGCAGAUCUAGCUUUAAUCCGCAUGCAAUCCGACGGCCUCAAGCCCAAAGAAGCCAGAGCAAACUACCGGUCCGUCAUCGAUGCGCUAUCCCGUAUUUCAAAGUCAGAGGGAAUCGCAGCCCUCUGGGCCGGCGCGUUACCAACUGUCGUGCGCGCCAUGGCGCUGAAUUUCGGUCAGCUGACAUUCUUCGCUGAAUCCAAGUCUCAACUAGAAGCACACACGAACCUGUCUGCGCAGAAUAGAACUUUCGCGGCCUCCGCUAUCGCGGGAUUCUUUGCAAGUUUCAUGUCCCUGCCCUUCGACUUUGUAAAGACGCGCUUGCAGAAGCAGCAGAAGGAUCCGAAGACGGGACAGUUGCCGUAUCGUGGUAUGCUGGACUGUGCCAGAAAGGUCAUCAAAGAUGAGGGGUGGUUGAGAUUCUAUCGUGGGUUUGGGACGUAUUACGUUCGCAUUGCGCCCCAUGCGUGA